AUGUUGCCAGCCAGACAACCUGACCACAGCGUGUGGUCUUACCCGAGUGGCAAUUUGACAUGGACUCCCCACUGGAAUAGAUAUAACUACUUCCCCGCAACAGUUCAGUGGAUCCCUGCCGCACUGCCUGCUAUGCCAUGGCCCCAGACAGAGGAUGGACGCCCGAAAUUUGCACCCUGGCUUGCUAUAAAUCCAUUUCAACCAGCUAUGCCCAUGCUUCAGUGGGAUAUCCGCCAGAACCCCAUUACAGCCAGGCUGACAACAGGCGCACAUAUUUCCACGGAUCUGGGGCAAGUCUUGAGUUCUCCAGUGACGGAUCCCCCGAUCAGCAUUAUCGAAAUUGCCAUCCCAGCUUGUUCCAUGGCCUAUAUGUGGAACGUCGUCAGGGUGCAAAGAACCGGCGCUAUCAAAGUCCAAGAUGUUCUUGACGCCAUUUACGAAUGGUUGCAGAGACCUCUUACUCGAGCGGAGAUGGAACACAUCGAACGUGUGAGCCCAGCUAGUGUCGAAGCAGUUUUGAGGGCUUUGCAUGAGAGAGCUUCUACGAGUCCGACGUUGCAUGGCUGGGAGUAUCGACAAGGACCGCGGCGUAUAGACUGUUUAGGAGACGUUCGUAGAUGGAUGGGAUUAAGCUACUCUCCUACGGGGCAGGGUAUGCAACUGGUUCUCAACCUUGGGACCAUUUAA